AUUUCAUACUGUAUUAAUAAGAGAUUUUCGAGAGCAUUCUGGAACAUUUUUGAGGCGGAUAAUUAACUAAAAUUAGUUUUGGUUUGUACUGUAACAAGUAACAGCAAGUUAUCCAAGCAAGCAAGACCACUGGUUUUUCUUAAUCUCAAAGCAACAACAUGGAAGGAAGUGAAAUUAAGGAGGAAAAAGAAGCGGGUAUCAGUGAAAAGAAGAAAAUAUUUGUUGCAGGUGCAACUGGGAAUACAGGUAAGAGGAUUGUUGAGCAGCUUUUGGCUAAGGGUUUUGCUGUUAAAGCUGGGGUUCGUGAUGUUGACAAGGCUAAGUCUAUCUUACCUGAAGCAAACCCUCUUCUUCAAUUUGUGAAAGCUGAUGUGACAGAGGGAUCAGAUAAACUAGCCGAUGCCAUUGGUGAUGAUUCUGAUGCGGUAAUAUGUGCUACUGGUUUCCAGCCUUCGUUGAAUUUGUUGGCACCUUGGAAGGUUGAUAAUAUUGGCACAGUGAACCUUGUGGAUGCAUGCCAAAAACUUGGUAUUAAUAGGUUCAUCCUUAUAAGUUCAAUUCUCGUCAAUGGGGCUGCAAUGGGUCAGUGGUUCAAUCCAGUUUAUAUAAUCCUUAAUGCUAUGGGACUCGUAUUGGUAGCAAAGCUUCAAGCCGAGAAAUACAUUCGUAAAUCUGGCAUCAACUACACAAUUAUUAGGCCCGGUGGGCUAAAAAAUGAUCCUCCACAAGGAAAUAUAAUCAUGCAACCGGAGGACACCCUUUUUCGAGGCUCAAUAUCCAGAGAUCAGGUAGCUGAAGUUGCAGUUGAGGCAUUGCUCCAUCCAGAAUCUCAUCACAAGGUCGUGGAGAUAGUGGCUAGUACAGAUGUCCCUAAACGUUCAUUCGAGGAGCUCUUUGGUUCAAUAGAACUGCAGUGACUUGUAAGCAUGCAAUUUUUAUUCCAUCCACUAAAAUGUUUAUUCGAUAUAUGCCAUAUGCAACCUUUCUCGUGUGUAAAUGAUGAUGCUGUUGUGAUUUGAACUGGGUAAAAGGUCUGUAAAUGGUCACCUACUUUUCCCUGUAAUAAGUUCUUGCACUAAAUUUACAGCACUAAUUAAAAAAAAAGAUAAAAAAUAA